GCAUUAUCUGGCAGCAUCAGCAUCAGCAGCAACAUCAGUGUACAUCCAGGCCAUGUUGUCACAGAGUCACAGACAGUCACCGCUUUAAGAACAUUAUUCAUUUUUUUCCCCCAGCCUGUGAUGCCUAACGAACCGGAAGCGCGGAUUGAUUUCUCCACCGCAAGCAACAGCGACUGAUAGAGAGGAGAGAAGGAAAGAAGAAGAAGAAGAAAAGCAAUAAAUGAAAACAAAAGCAGCGCUUAUAGAAAAAUUAUCCCCCGACGAGGCAAACAUAGGCAGCUGACGUGAUUUGCGAUCAAAUCAAGGAUUAUUCUCCACGAAAUGGGAUCUACCUUCAAGGUCCCCACCUGCUGGGCACCGUAAUGGUGCUCUCUGCCACAGCUGAGCCCUUUGCUACCCUCUGAAGAAGCAGGAUGACAAAAUGGCACAGCUGCUUGUACCGCCCGGACCUGACAGCUUCCACCCCUUCGUCCCCGAGUCACUGGCCGCCAUCGAAAGGUGCAUCGCCGAGGAGGAGGCCCGGAGACCACGGUCGGAGCGUCGCAGCGACAGCGAUGAUGAAAAUGGGCCGAAGCCCAACAGUGACCUUGAGGCGGGGAAAUCUCUGCCCUUCAUUUAUGGGGACAUCCCUCCCAAACUGGUGUCCACCCCUCUGGAGGACUUGGACACCUUCUACAGCAGUCAGAAGACCUUCAUAGUAUUGAAUCGCGGGAAGACAAUCUUCCGUUUCAAUGCCACCCCUGCCUUGUACAUCUUAAACCCCUUCAACCCCCUAAGAAGAAUAGCUAUCAGAGUUUUAGUACACUCGAUGUUCAGCAUGUUGAUCAUGUUCACCAUCCUGACCAACUGUGCUUUCAUGACCCUAAGUAAUCCCCCAGAAUGGGCCAAGAAUGUAGAAUACACAUUCACAGGGAUCUAUACCUUCGAGUCCCUUAUAAAAAUCCUGGCAAGGGGCUUCUGUGUGGGGAAGUUCACUUUCCUCCGGGACCCAUGGAACUGGCUGGAUUUCAGUGUUAUCCUCAUGGCAUAUGUCACAGAGUUUGUGGACCUGGGCAAUGUCUCAGCACUACGAACCUUCAGGGUUCUACGAGCCCUGAAAACUAUUUCAGUCAUCCCAGGCUUGAAGACUAUUGUUGGUGCCCUGAUCCAGUCGGUAAAAAAGCUGUCGGACGUGAUGAUCCUCACUGUGUUCUGCCUCAGCGUCUUUGCCCUCAUUGGCCUGCAGCUCUUCAUGGGCAACCUGAGGCAGAAGUGCGUGCGCAUGCCCGUUGGCAAUGCCACCAACGGCAGCAACAUCACCGGCAAUGACACCAUGCUUUUCAGCAACACCUCGAUCGAUAUCAACACCACGUUUGUGCAGAACCCCGCGGAGAACCCCUUCAACUGGACAGAGUACAUGAGUGAUGAGAAUAAUUACUAUUACCUCCCUGGCCGUAGAGAUGCUCUGCUCUGUGGGAAUGGCAGUGGCGCUGGGUUCUGUCCAGAAGGCUUUAUAUGUUUGAAAGCUGGUCGCAAUCCAGAUUAUGGCUACACAAGCUUUGACACCUUCAGCUGGGCCUUUCUCUCCCUGUUCCGACUCAUGACCCAGGACUACUGGGAAAAUCUCUACCAGCAGACUUUACGUGCUGCUGGGAAACCUUACAUGAUCUUCUUCGUGCUGGUGAUCUUCCUGGGCUCCUUUUACUUGGUCAACCUGAUCUUGGCUGUGGUGGCCAUGGCUUAUGACGAGCAGAACCAGGCGACCAUCGAGGAGGCUCAGCAGAAGGAGGAGGAGUUUCAGGCCAUGCUGGAGCAGCUGAAGAGGCAGCAGGAGGAGGCACAGGUUGCCGCAGCAGCAGCCACGGAGAGCGGAGAGUACAGCGGGAGAGGGGGCCCCACCUCCGAGUCCUCCUCAGGGACUUCUAAGCUGAGCUCAAAAAGUGCCAAGGAGCGACGCAACAGGCGGAAGAAGAGGAAGCAGCGGGAGGAGGAAGAAGAGAGGGAAGGGCGGAAGUUCCACAAGUCUGAGUCUGAGGACAGCAUCAAAAGAUCCAGCUUCCGCUUUUCUAUUGAUGCCAAUCGGCUCUCUUAUGAGAAGAGAUGUUCCUCCCCCAACCAGUCUCUCCUCAGUAUUCGUGGAUCCCUGCUUUCACCUCGGAGGAACAGCCGAGCGAGCCUGUUCAGCUUCCGCGGCCGGGCGCGCGACAUGGGCUCCGAGAACGACUUCGCUGACGAUGAGCACAGCACCUUCGAGGAGAAUGACAGUCGCAGAGGCUCUCUGUUCCUGCCACGGCGCCUGGAGCGCCGCUGCAGCGCCGUCAGUCAGACGAGCCUCGGGGCGCCGCGGGUUAUGUUGCCUGCCAAUGGCAAAAUGCACUGCGCUGUAGACUGCAACGGUGUUGUGUCACUGGUCGGUGGAACGUCUGUAACAACCUCCCCUGUAGGUCUCCUGCUGCCUGAGGGUACAACUACAGAUACAGAGCUGAAAAAACGUCGGGCAGGCUUUCGCAAGCCGUCCAUGGACUAUCUUGAAGAGCCCGGACCCCGACAGAGAGCCAUGAGUGUGGCCAGUAUCCUCACCAACACGAUGGAAGAGCUGGAAGAGUCAAGACAGAAGUGCCCCCCCUGCUGGUAUAGAUUUGCCAACACCUGUCUGAUCUGGGAUUGUUGUCCGGCGUGGCUGAAAAUCAAGGAUGUCGUUAACAUGGUGGUGAUGGACCCGUUUGUGGAUCUGGCGAUCACAAUUUGCAUCGUCCUCAACACCCUCUUCAUGGCCUUGGAGCAUUACCCCAUGACCGAUGAGUUUGACACUGUCCUCUCAGUUGGAAACCUGGUGUUUACAGGCAUCUUCACAGCAGAGAUGUGUUUCAAGAUCAUCGCCUUGGAUCCCUACUACUACUUCCAGGAGGGCUGGAACAUCUUUGACGGCAUCAUCGUUAGUCUCAGUCUAAUGGAACUUGGCUUGGCCAACGUCGAGGGCCUGUCUGUGCUUAGGUCCUUUAGAUUGCUUCGAGUGUUCAAACUGGCCAAGUCAUGGCCUACUUUAAACAUGCUGAUCAAGAUCAUUGGUAACUCUGUGGGUGCUCUGGGGAACCUCACUCUGGUGCUGGCCAUCAUUGUCUUCAUCUUCGCUGUGGUGGGCAUGCAGCUGUUUGGCAAGAGCUACAAGGAGUGUGUGUGUAAGAUCUCUGAGGACUGCGAGCUGCCACGCUGGCACAUGCACGAUUUCUUCCACUCCUUCCUCAUCGUGUUCCGGGUGCUGUGUGGGGAGUGGAUCGAGACCAUGUGGGACUGCAUGGAGGUGGCGGGACAGAGCAUGUGCCUAAUAGUCUUCAUGAUGGUCAUGGUCAUCGGAAACCUUGUGGUACUUAACCUCUUCCUGGCUCUCCUCCUGAGCUCGUUCAGUGCUGACAACCUGGCGGCAACUGACGACGACAGCGAGAUGAACAACCUGCAGAUUGCAGUGGGACGCAUCCAGCGGGGUAUCGCCUUCGUCAAGUCCACAGUGCGCCAGUUCCUGCGCAGCCUCUGCUUUGGCGGGGCAAGUAAGGCAACCGGCCUGGCAGAGGAGAGCAAACCCUUGGAUGAGUUACACAGCAACGGCAAGGGCAACUGCAUCUCCAAUCACACUACAGUGGAGAUCACCAAAGAACCAAGUCGGGGGUACAUAACAGAGGGCAAUGGACGGCCCGGAGGGGGGCUGGUGGUAGGAGUCAGAGCUGGUGGGGACACUACAGUGAAAUAUCCCAUAGAGGAAUGUGACUACAUGUCAUUCAUUCAUAACCCCAGCCUGACAGUCACAGUGCCUAUUGCUGUGGGCGAGUCCGACUUUGAGAACCUCAACACGGAGGACUUCAGCAGCGAUUCGUCAGACGUGGAGGGCAGCAAAGAGAAGCUCGAUGUAGAGCCCAAGCAUCUGAGCUCGUCGGAGGGCAGCACAGUCGAUAUUCGCCCCCCAGGAGACGGGGUCGACUCGGUGGAGCUGGAGCCAGAAGAGUCUCUGGACCCGGAGGCCUGCUUCACAGAGGGCUGUGUGCGCAGGUUCCAGUGUUGCCAGAUCAACGAGGAGGGCAGCCAUUAUAAGAGCUGGUGGACACUCAGGAAGACCUGCUUUAUCAUAGUGGAGCACAACUGGUUUGAGUCCUUCAUCAUAUUCAUGAUCCUGCUCAGCAGCGGCGCGCUGGCGUUUGAGGACAUUUACAUUGAGCAGCGGAGAACCAUCAAAACCAUGCUGGAGUAUGCCGAUAAGGUCUUUACCUACAUCUUCAUUCUGGAGAUGCUGCUCAAGUGGGUGGCGUACGGCUUUGUCAAGUACUUUACCAACGCCUGGUGCUGGCUCGACUUCCUCAUCGUGGACGUUUCCCUGGUCAGCCUGGUAGCCAAUGCUCUGGGCUACUCUGAGCUUAGCGCUAUCAAAUCUCUGAGGACACUCCGAGCCCUCCGGCCCCUGAGGGCCCUGUCUCGGUUUGAGGGCAUGAGGGUUGUAGUGAACGCGCUGCUGGGGGCCAUUCCCUCCAUCAUGAACGUGCUGCUGGUCUGCCUCAUCUUCUGGCUCAUCUUCAGCAUCAUGGGCGUCAACUUGUUUGCGGGGAAGUACUACUACUGCGUCAACACCACCAACGACGAGGUCUUCCCCAUCAGCAUCGUCAACAACAAGACCGACUGCCUGAACUUGGUUAACGACAGCGCCCGCUGGAAGAAUGUCAAAAUCAACUUCGACAACGUCGGGGCCGGCUAUCUGGCUCUGUUGCAAGUGGCAACAUUUAAAGGUUGGAUGGACAUAAUGUACGCGGCUGUGGACUCUCGACAAUUGGAAUCCCAGCCCAAAUAUGAAGAGAACUUGUACAUGUACCUCUACUUUGUCAUCUUCAUCAUCUUUGGCUCCUUCUUCACCCUCAACCUGUUCAUUGGUGUCAUCAUCGACAACUUCAACCAGCAGAAGAAAAAGUUUGGAGGUCAGGACAUCUUCAUGACAGAAGAGCAGAAGAAAUACUACAACGCCAUGAAGAAGUUGGGUUCCAAGAAACCACAGAAGCCCAUACCUCGGCCCGCAAAUGCGUUUCAAGGCUGCGUGUUUGACUGCAUCACAAAGCAGGCCUUUGACAUUGUGAUCAUGAUCCUCAUCUGCCUUAACAUGGUGACCAUGAUGGUGGAGACGGACGAUCAGACCAAUGAGAUGGACAAUAUCCUCUUUUGGAUUAACCUUGUCUUCAUCGUGCUCUUCACUGGAGAGUGUGUGCUGAAGAUGAUCUCCCUGCGUCAUUAUUACUUCACCAUUGGCUGGAAUAUAUUUGACUUUGUGGUGGUGAUUCUGUCCAUUGUAGGUAUGUUUUUAUCUGAUGUUAUUGAGAGAUACUUUGUGUCCCCGACACUGUUCCGAGUGAUCCGUCUGGCCAGAAUUGGCCGAAUCCUCCGUCUCAUCAAAGGUGCCAAAGGAAUCCGGACGCUUCUCUUUGCCUUGAUGAUGUCACUCCCCGCCCUCUUCAACAUUGGCCUCCUCCUCUUCCUGGUCAUGUUCAUCUAUGCCAUCUUCGGCAUGUCCAACUUUGCCUACAUCAAACGCGAGGCGGGAAUCGACGACAUGUUCAAUUUCGAGACCUUUGGGAACAGUAUGCUCUGUUUGUUUCAGAUUACCACCUCAGGUGGGUGGGACGGACUGUUGGCGCCCAUUCUGAACAAGCGGGAGCCUGACUGUGACAGCCAGAUGGAGCAUCCGGGCAACUCCUACAAAGGCAACUGUGGCAACCCCUCAGUGGGCAUCUUCUUCUUUGUCAGCUACAUCAUCAUCUGCUUCCUCAUCGUGGUCAACAUGUACAUCGCCGUCAUCCUGGAGAACUUCAGUGUGGCGACAGAGGAGAGUGCCGAGCCGCUGAGUGAGGACGACUUCGAGAUGUUCUAUGAAGUGUGGGAACGAUUCGAUCCAGACGCAACUCAGUUCAUGGAGUACAGUAAGCUCUCCGACUUUGCAGAUGCCCUCGAUCCGCCAUUGCGCAUGCCCAAGCCUAACAUGAUCCAGCUCAUCUCCAUGGACUUGCCGAUGGUGAGUGGCGAGCGCAUCCACUGCCUCGACAUCCUGUUUGCCUUCACCAAGCGAGUGUUGGGCGAAGGCGGCGAGAUGGACGUGUUGCGCGGACAGAUGGAGGAGCGCUUCAUGGCCUCCAACCCCUCGAAGGUGUCUUACGAGCCCAUCACCACCACCCUCCGCCGCAAACAAGAGGACAUGUCGGCCGUGAUCAUUCAGAGAGCCUUCCGACGCUACAUGAUCCGUCAGGCCAUGAAGAAGUCCUCCAUUCUCUACAAGGAGAAGAUGAAGGAGGGCAUCCGUGACCCGGACAAGGACGUGAUGGUCAUCAGCAAGUUCCACGAGAACUCCACCUCGGAAAAAACGGACAUGACGCCGUCCACCGCCUCCCCACCCUCCUACAACAGUGUGACGAAAUCAGACAAGGACAAAUAUGAGAAAGAGAACAGGGACAAGGAAAACAAAGGGAAAGACUUGAAAGACAGAAAGAAAUAGACUUUUUAAAGAAGGAACAAAUCAUAAGAUGCAUUAGAGACAUGAGAGAAAUUUGUUUACAGCUUCUAACAUGGGUGGGUGUGGGUGUAGAUACGGUAGAUGUGUGCUUGUGUGUUGAUUGUUCAGCGUUGAGAAAUUCUGUGCCUGGUUGGCCUAACAUUGGCGUGUGGUUAUGUCACUGAUGAAUACACGGGGUGGGGGGGGGUGAUCCAGCAGACACUGCCAGAGACUGAGUGGAACAGGGAAAAAGCCUCUCUGCAAAACGCUUGUGAUUUUCCUAAUGGUUGUUGUUACUAUCUGACACACUUGAGUGUACUGUUGUCUGUAGCUAGUGCUGCUGCUACUACUAUAAAUCCAGUGUCUUGAACUCAAAAAUCGAUGUAAUCACUUAAAAAACUGCAUUUCUUUUCCUGUUCCGUUUCUUUCUUCUUUUUUCUUUUUUUUUCCAAUGAAACGGAAUGUUUUCUACUUUUGUGCGUCAUUAUCGCGAGAAUGUGUCCACAGCUCUCACUGUAUUACUGUAUAUCACCCAGGGCAAAGUCAAUGCUGGAGAACCGCCGCAACCAUCAGAAAGUGGUGGCGUGCACGGUCAGUACCAGAAUGCUCUGAGGUCAACAACAAGCAUCCCACUGAUUUACAAUGGACACAUCCAUUGUGUUAGUUGACGUGCCAUCAGUGAUUGUUCACAUGUGUAUUGUACUUCUCUCUGGACUGCCCUCUCACUAUGUCUAUAGAAAACGUCUCCAAAUCCAGAGAAGUUGAAUGUAUGCAAGCUGAAGGAAUCGGACACAUUUAAAGGAAGUGUUUUGAUUUUUAAAGGAAUAAAUUUUUUCGUUUUGUUUUUGCUUUCUUGCAGAGAACGAGAUGAUUAGAUGUAUAUCAGUCUCACGUCUGGAACGUUAAAUGUGAAGCUAAAUUGCUAAAUUCCCCCAAUGCUCCCCGGGCGCCACUCAGUGUGGCAGCCCACUGCUCCUAAUUCUAGGAUGGGUCAAAAUGCAGAGGAAUACUUUCCCUAAGGGGAUUAAUAAAAACUAACUAAAUUCAGAGGACAUGAGCACAGCUGAGUGGUUCCAGGGAAACAGCCAGUAUGUAUAACUCCAUCACUAAACAGUCCAGCUACUAUCACUCAUUAAUAUAUAUAUUAUAUUUAGUUUGAUUAACCCAAACUCAGUGGUCUAGUCCAGUGUUUCCUUGCUAGUUGUUACCAAUAUAAACUCUUUUAUAUUGGUAAUUUUCUUAUUGAACGUACUAUAUAUAUAUACGUAUAUAUAACGAAGAUACAUUGAAUCUUGAAUUUAGCACUUUGCAGAUUUCCAUAAUGUCUUCACAACUCAGAAAAAUGUUGAAAAUCAGUCUAGCAGAUUUCAGGAAAGUUAGAACAAAAAGCCCAGCUUUCUUGAUUUAGUGAAACAAAUGAGAUUUUUAAGCUUUAAAAGUAUCUCUGUCUUCUGGUUGCAGCUCCACGGUUAUCAAACAUACAAACAUGAGACUGGUUCAAUCUUCUCAUCUGUUAAAGGUGAUCGUUCACUUAUUUUGAAGUGUGGUUGUAUGAAGUGUUGUACUGACACACUGACUUAUCAACUCCAUACAGAAAAGCUGUGCUUUUUACAUGAAACAGAUCCACUGCUGUCUGCAUCAGUACGUAUCAGUAUGUGUUAUUUUGUGAUUCUGGUGUUUGAAAUCAGAUUUAAUUGACACAAACUUGCCAAACAAGGGAAGCAGUCGAGCAGUCGCUCCUGUGUCCCUGGGAGCUGAAAAACCACAGAUUUUCUCGAAGGACUUUGGUGCAGAAGAGUGAGCAGUCUCUGACCUGAAAAGGCUAACCCUAAUGGAGUCAAUACCUUGUACGUCCACACUUCAGAAACUCUGAACUAUCCCUUUAAGAUGACGCGCACAUGUGACCAUGUCAUCCGCUGUCUUGUUGUCUUUUCUAACGCGUCCGUUGUCCCUCCCUGUUGUCCUCCACCCCGUCUCCUCCUCUUCCUCCUCCUCCUCCCAGAGCUCGUGUAGAGAAAAUAUCUUAAGUAAUAAAGUGUACUAUAAGGAAAAUGUUUCAAACUACUCUUAAAGUAGAACCCGACAAUAUGCUGUAUUACAUUUACAGGUUGUAAUACGACACUUGUUUGUAUGAGAUUUAUGUCGUUCUUGGUUUUCAAUUGAGAAGCGAGUGGCUUUAAUGUAGUGGUCUGGUUUGUAAAUAAUAAUAAUAAUAAUAAUAAUAAUAUAGCUAUUUGGGCCCACAGUAUGCAUCACACUUACAUUUACGUAAGAGCACUUUUUAUCCCCACUGCUAUGUAAUACCCCGUGUGUACAUGUAAGUGUGUUUGGAAGACAAGGCCUGAGUGUGUGUGUUUGUCUAGUGUGUGUAGGAAAGGGAGACUAAGAAUGUAAGCAUCUCUCUUUAUGUGAUUGAGUGAGUGUGUGUGUGUGUGUUUUUGUGUGUUAGUGGGUCUGCCGGUUGUUUCUGUUUUACUUGUAUAAAGAAAAAAAAACAUUCUUACUGUAGAUACUGUAUGAGUCCAUUUUUCCGGUCUUGGGGUUUAAUUCCCAUUUUGUUUUUUGUUUUUCUUCUGCACUGUAACACACAAUGAAACACACAUAUGGUUCCCAUAUCUGUAUAUACAAACCAUGAGGCAAUCAGUAGGCAUCUCUCAUUGCGCUUGUAGUGUUUUAGUGAACUGCAUGCAGGAAGUGACUACUGUCCGCUGAUAUGGUAACAUCAUUUUCAAGCCAAAAGAAUAAAGGACAUAUUUUUUUGUAAAUGCUGGUUUAUUUUCUGUUUCAUUUCAAGUUUUUUCUUUUGGUUUGUUUUUAGUUUGCCAAUUUGUUGAAUGACCACAGUCGCCUCCGCUCGUUUCUCUGUCGCCUGAACCUGAUGUGUGAUUGCUUGAACCUGGCCAAUCAAGUACAUGUUCCAUCUAACUGUGUAUCAAUUUGCAAAAUGUGACAAGUGACUCUUUCUUUUUUUUUUUCUUCUUCUUUUGUUAUAACCAAAGAUGUGGCAAGAAAACGGAAAAUCUAGAUUUCCAAAAUAAAACCGAUUUUGGGAAGGGUA